AUGAUCCACUCGCUUUGAACGGCGUUGCGUUUGUGCGCACCCUAAGAGGCAACAUGCGCCAGGAUUCGGAUGUGACCUUUGCCCUCUACGAGGGCACACCCAUGCCUGGCUCUGAUGAUUCAGGCCAGUCCUCGCGACGCAGCUCUCUGUACGAGACCGGCAGCAACGGCAGCACUGAGGAUGCGAUGAGUACUGGCGGCGCACGCUCACGCCAUCGAUCCGGUAUCACAGACACUGUGCUUCAGCAGGCUCCAGAUACUCCGAAAAAUGCAGCGCGCAAGUUGUUGGCCGACAUUUUCUCUGACCCGAAGACCGCCGCACUCAUCUACUGUAACGACACGGAUGUUGUAGUUGACGUCAUUAUCCGCCAGACUUGUGACUUGCCACCGAGCUCUCCGGUCCUAUCGGAGUAUCUGUUUGUAAUGGACAAGAUCAUCCAGAAGUCUGAAUAUCUCUCAAGAGGUGGCGGUUACCGAGUCGACGAGCUAAUUGACGCCCUACGAGGUGUCGAAUAUCACGCU